AAUCUUAAGAAAAUUAAUGAAUUUCAAAGAAAAGAUUCCUUAGAAAAGAUGUCGGCAUUGGGGUCAGCUUUAGAAGCAGAACGAGACUUGACCCACUCAAUAGUUCACAUCGACAUGGAUGCCUUUUAUGCUGCAGUUGAAAUGUUAGAUGAUCCAGGUCUCAAAGAAAAGCCUAUGGCUGUUGGCUCUUCAUCUAUGCUGUCAACAUCAAAUUAUCAAGCUAGAAAAUAUGGUGUGCGUGCAGCUAUGCCUGGAUUUAUAGCAAAAAGAUUAUGUCCAGAGCUUGUUAUAGUUCCCUGCAAUUUUGAUAAAUACAGAAAAGUUAGCCAUAAAAUAAGAGAUAUUUUAAAAACCUAUGAUCCAGAUUUUAGCCCUGCAAGCUUGGAUGAAGCAUACUUGGAUUUAACUAUGUACAUAAAGGAUAAAUAUCGCAAACAGCUCCACCUUGAAUACUGUUUGAAAAAGAGUUUUUGUGAAUUUUUUUCUGAUGAAGAAAAUGAUCCUCUUUCUCAGUCUAAUUACGAAAAUUGCAUCACUUGUAGCCAGCCAAUCAGUUUUGAAAAAAGGGAUGAAAUGGCCUAUGACAUUGUUGAAGAAAUAAGAAAACAGAUAUAUGAAACUACUCAACUCACUGCAAGUGCAGGCAUAGCGCCAAAUACAAUGCUAGCAAAAGUAUGCUCUGAUCAAAACAAACCAAAUGGUCAAUACCAAAUAUGUUCAACAGUGGAGGCUGUGAAAUCUUUCAUUUCAACUUUGCCUGUCAAAAAAAUUUCUGGUAUAGGUCCAGUUCAAGGCCAAAUUCUAAAUGCAAUUGGAAUUCAUACGUGUGCUGACAUAUGGGAGAAAAGGGACAUUGUUGGUGUUUUGUUCUCUACCAUAUCUGUAGAUUUUUAUAUCAGAGUAGGUUUAGGCAUAGGAAGCACUACUGUAAAAAGUGAUUACGUUAGAAAAAGUAUAGGAGUUGAGCAUACAUUUAAAGACACACAUCAGCGUGAUGAACUAUACAAGCGGUGUAUGGAUCUCUGUGAAGAAAUGAUAGAAGAUCUCAAAUCACGUAAAUUGAUGGGUAAAGUUGUGGUUCUGAAAAUUAAGACGUCUAAUUUCGAAACCCAUACAAGAAAUCAUUCUUUAGCAUACCAUACUGAUGAUCAAGAAAUAAUUUGUAAGGCAGCCAAGAAACUACUGGAUUUUGAAAUUUCAGCUAGCGCUCCUCAUCCACUUACACUCCGACUAAUGGGAAGCUGCACUUCAAAGAAUUUGGGAGCAACAAAUUGUCAAAAAUGGACAAUAAAAUGAAGAGGAUAGAUGAAUAUUUCCAGUGAAAUUUUUGUAUCAUAAGCAAGUCACAUUAAUUGUAUAUUUUAGAGUUAAUAAUUUAAUUCUGUUAUAUUUUAAAUUA